GAUAAUCCUCUCACUAUAGCUGAACUACUCGGUCGUGUUGGUCAGAUGAGUGUUAUUUGAUUGCAGGUGCUGCAGGCGGGAGUUGGGAGAUUUGUUGUCUCUUUGUGGUCAGACUUUUUCUUCUGUUUUUCUCUCCUACGUGAUUAAGGUUUGGGUUCCAUUUGAAAUGCAGAGAUAACAGUAGAUAACUAUAUAAUUACAUAAACGAAUGCCUGUGUGUGUUUGUGUGUGUGUGUGUGUGUCACUGGAGGCCGACAGAGGGGUGCUGGGACCCACCAUUGGUUGAUGGAGGCUUUGAGGUCAGUUGUUGUAGCGAACUCUCCUCCCCGGAAGUAGACUCUCUCUCUCUCCCUCUCUCUCCCUCUCCCUGGCUCUCUCUCCCAGACAAACUGGUGUGUAUCUGGUAAGCACUCGGAGAGGGUCUACAAACCUCCUGCCUUGUACCGAAGGCUCUUCGGAUGACGUCUGCUGAGUGAGCAAAGACAGAAGAAGAAGAAGAAGAAGAAACGAGACAGAAUAAAAAAACAAAACAAGAAAAAGACUCCUCCGCUUUCCAAGGGGACUAAGUGUUUCGGGGUUUUUCGGUUGUUUUGGUUUGAGUAAUUUUUUUUAAUUUUUUUUUUUUGUGCUGUUUCAUGAGUCAGUUGUGGAGGAACAAUGUCGUAGAGGAGGAGUUGUUUGGACAGAAGUGAGUGCGGAGCAGUCCAUCUGCUGCUGCUGCCGCUGCCGAAACAUAAUAUUUUCUUGCUCCCGUUGCUGCUUCUCUUUUGCAUUCUUCAUUUUUCCGCCGCUUGACUGAGCCGCAACCCGCAGUGAAGAUGCUGCAGCCGUCUGCGCUGCGCUACAGUUAAAAUCCUGAGAGUCCCGUGCGCGUGCGUGACCGAGUGAGCGAGCCAGUGCGUGUUUGUUUGUUUGUUUGUUUGUUUGUUUGUUUGUUUGUGUGUGUUCGAUUGAGUUGGGUGAUUGAGUGCAUGCUUGUGCGCGUGUCACAAUGAGUCUGGUCACCGGCUUCCCGCACCACCCGGUCAUGCACCACCACCACGACAGCCAUCACUACUCCCUGCACGCCGCCACCGCCGCCCGGUGCCACGAAGACGCCGGCGCGGCCCCGUACUUCACCAGCUGGCUCAUCAGCCACACGGACAUGUCACCCGCGGAGUACAGCCUGCCACCCGGCUACAGCCCAGAGUACCACGGCAGUAGCAGCGGCUCCAGCGGCGGCGGAGGAGGAGCAGGAGGCGCAGGCGGAACCGGCCUGGAUCCGCACCAUCACCACCACCAUUACGCAGCCGCCGGCGCCCUGGUCCACGGCGCCGCAGCCCAUCACGGACUUCCUCGCCCCGUGAAGCGGAGACCCACGGCCAACCGUAAAGAGAGGCGGCGGACCCAGAGCAUUAACUCGGCCUUCGCGGAGCUGAGGGAGUGCAUACCGAACGUCCCGGCCGACACCAAGCUGUCCAAGAUCAAGACCCUGCGGCUGGCCACCAGCUACAUCUCCUACCUGAUGGACAUCCUGGACAAGGACGGACAGCACGGGGACACACAGGCUUUUAAGGCCGAGCUGAAGAAGACCGAGGCCCGGGAGGAGCGCAGGAAGAGAGAGGCGGUAAGAGCCGGGGCAAAAUACAGUUAUAUAACAACUGUAUUUGUACGACAUGAAACCAGGUCAUUAUUUUAGGUUUUAGGUUUUAAAUGGAACGUGAGGCCGUACGACAAAACCACAGUGAUGUAGUUACAACCUGGGUGUUUUAGGAUCUGACUUAGAAACUAGUGUGUGUGUGUGUAAGAGUGUGUGUUUUUGCAGCUGAUUUUACAAAGACCUAAAAUGUGUCUUACUGAAAGACGGUAAAGCAGACAGAAAGUGCUACAGUGUUAUAUAAUUAUAUAUAUAAUUAGCGAAAAAAAAUUAACAUUAAACAUGCACAGAUUUAUAUUUAAAUUAAAGCCUGACAAUUUCAAACUUUGUAAAAAAAAUAUUAAUAAAUAUUUGAUAGAACCAUGAAAAUCAUAAAAAUGUAAUUAUCAUUAUAAUUGGUGGUAGUAUUAAUAGAAAUAGUAUGAAUAAUAUAAUAGUCGUAACAGUACAGUAGUACUACUACAAAGGGUGCAGUAGUAUUAGCUGACGUAGUAGUAUUUGGAGCGACGUUAGUGGUGUGUUUGUUUGCGGUUGUCGCAGUAUUUUCUGUGUUAUUGAAUUAUUGGUGAUUCUUUAAAAAAAAAAAAGAAAACUCGAAACAAUUCCUCGACGUAAGGCCGACAUGAACUCAAAUAAAAACAAAUACUUUACAUUCUUUCAACGUCAUCCUUACAAUUAUAGACGAUUCAAAAGAGAUGACUAAAACUGCAGUUACAAAAACAAAAUAAUAUUAAUGCUGUAAGAAAAUAUUAAAAAAAUAAAUAAAUUCCAUCCUGUAGGUCACAUCGAUGACGACACGGUCUCUGUUUAUAUAGAAUGACUAAAACCUAAGGUGAAUAAAUAUAUUUAAUUACAUAGUUGCCAACAACAAUAAAGAUAAUGCCGAGUAUAAUUAUAUAUAAUAAUAACAUGAGUGAAAAGAAGAAUUAAGAACGAUUCAGAUUCACGUAUUUAAUUAGUUCACGCUAAAAACAGUUUACUUUUUCUUUUUUUUUUUGCUUUUUUAAAGUCCACACCAAGUCAGAUUCAGACGUUAAUUUUAUAUACAAUUAUAAAUACGUUUAAUUUGAAUCAUCAACGUAGUGAUAUAACCGCUGACCUCUAAAUAAAAAAUAAAUCUAUUGAUAUAUAGUUUACUGCUGCGCAGGUUACACCGUCCACGUACUUUAUAACUCAGAGUAUUUAUUUUUUU